CUUAAGGGAGCAGAGGGGGCGCUCGCUUCGCGUGCGCGCAGGGACCGAAUGGCCUGGGCCGAGGAAGGAGGGCAGGGCGCCUCCGCGCAGGGCAGCCGAGCCGAAUUGGGACGGCCUGUGAAGCUGCUGCAAGCCCGGGAAGCUGGUGCGCGGCCCUGCGGCUCCAGGUAUGGGGCGGGGCGGGGAAAUGGGGCGAACCAGGUGCGCAGGGAGGGCGCUCUCUCUCAUUGCCCAGCGUUUGCUUCCGAGGUCGGCCCCCAAGCGAGCCAGGUCAGGAAUGCAUUUAAAAAAUAUAUUGCCUAAGUAGCGUAAUGCUAUGCAGAGAAGGGACUUGGUUUCCGCGUAACCGCGCGCAGGAAUUGGCUGCGGAGAUCCUGUGCGCGCUUGCUGAGUGGUGGGUGGGUGGGUGCGCAAGGGAGUUGCCACGGUGUGGAUUCCGAGGAAGCGCAAUAGGCUUGCGCGCAACUUGGAAGAGAGCAAGUCCGGUUGAAAUCGGGGCUACAAGGAAGCAUCUUUUCAGCCCGAGCCGGAUCCAGCCUUGCAGCUCCCUGAGCCACGAAAAGAGAGAGAUUCCCCCGAGGCGAAGGCGCUGCGCACCUGGCGAGGCAGUUUUGAAAGCGGGGAGUGGGACUCUGCUUCGUUGUGCGCUCUUCUCGUUUUCCGCUUUGGAUUCAGUCCUUUUUUAAAAUAACAAACGGGAAAUGAGAGCGCCGAACUUGCUUUCACAGUGGAGCUAAAGGUGAGCCGUCGUCGAACAAAAGCGGCCUUACAAGGCGCGAACCUGGAGUCUCUUUCGACUCCCCUCUUAGGAUUCCCCUUAUAGGGUAGAGAUGACCCGAUCUGACAACAGCUUGCUCCAUCGGGAGGCAUGAGUCAUGCCUGAGAGGACCUUUAAAAUUUAAACCGGGGCUGGGAAUGGUUUAUCUUCGAAGAAGCGCACCUGCCGGAGAUAAUUUCUGUAGCAAAGGUUGCUUUUCUUUUUUUAAAUGGUGCAGAUUGGCUUACAAUAUUUUAUAAUGCCUGCUUUUGCCUGAAUCCAAGCAACUUGAAAAAAACGAGGUGGGAGGUGGCGUUUGUCCCCUGCUUUGAGAUUAUUGAAAGCCCUCUAACACUUAAUGCUCAGAAAGUCCUAUUGAAUUCAGCCGGGCUUUGAAGUUUGCCUAGGAAUUUAGCCUAUAAUCUCUAGACACAUUUCCUCUCUGAAUCCACUCCUGUGUGAAGGUGUUCAAGGGUGUGUGUGAAUAUGAAUAGAGGUGCCUCUGCCUAUAUCUUUGAUCUCUGUAGAACUUGGAAGGUGGUUGCCUUGUUGGCAUGAAUGUAGAGGAGGAGGAAGGGGUGGGGCCUGGCAUUAAUUUUGGAGCUCUGCUAAUCCUGCCUUGUCCUGCUGUUUCCAGGCAAUGAAUCUAUAGCUGCUGUGCCUUGUGAAAUCUGGGUGCACCUCCAGCCCAGAUCAUCUUGCAUCUUUACAGCUAACCACCUUCGUCCUUAUGAGGUAUGUAAAACAUAAUACUAUAUAUUAUUUUACUUUAUUUGCACAUAGGAGGAACCCUUUCAGUAUCCAUUUCCCUGCUUUUCUAAGCUCACUUAACAGCACAAUUUUGUAGCGUCUACUGAAAAGUAAGCAGGCUCCUGUUGAAUUCAAUCAGGUAUACUUCCAGGUUGAAUGGGUUUAGGAUUGCAGGCUGUAAAAGCCAUUGCAGGGUCAGGAAUAGAAUUGAAUGAUAUUGGUAGCAGUUUUGGAUGUGUCAUAAAUUGCCCCCAAAUAAUUUUGAGGGUUAUACUCUGCUGAGAACUUUGAUAAUCCCUAUUUCUAGAAGUACAGUUCCCUGGGAAGCAGCAGCAAUUAUUGUAUCAAUUUAAGGCUCAAGAUCCUAAAAGCAUUAGAAGAAUCCUGCUGGAGCAGGUCAGAGGGCCAGCGUAGACCAGCACCUUCCCCUCAAGCUGUGCAACCAAAGGCAGAUAGAAGAUUGCAAACAGGACAUGAGUGCAAUAGUAAUCUCCCGACUUGCAGUUCUCAAUAAACAACUGUUAUACAGUGGAGGUAGAACAUAGCAAUCAAUCGUGUUUAGUAGCCAUUGAUAGCCUAUGCAUGUGGGACAUUUCUACCUUGUAACCAUGCAUCGGAUCAGGCUGCACAUCUCUGUCGUAUGCUUAUGUCUCAUUUGGAUGAUGGGACGCGGGUGGCGCUGUGGGUUAAACCACAGAGCCUAGGACUUGCCGAUCAGAAAGUCGGCGGUUCGAAUUCCCAUGACGGGGUGAGCUCCCGUUUCUCGGUCCCUGCUUUUGCCAACCUAGCAGUUCGAAAGCACGUCAAAGUGUAAGUAGAUAAAUAGGUACCGCUCCGGCAGGAAGGUAAACGGCGUUUCCGUGUUCUGCUCUGGUUCGCCAGAAGUGGCUUAGUCAUGCUGGUCACAUGACCCGGAAGCUGAAUGCCGGCUCCCUUGGCCAAUAAAGUGAGAUGAGCACUGCAACCCCAGAGUCGGUCACGACUGGACCUAAUGGUCAGGAGUCCCUUUACCUUUUACAGUUUCAGAAGUCUAGGAGCGUGGCUUUUGUUCUCUGUGUUGGAGGGUUUCUGAUGGAGCAUAGAUAGGCUUCAUCAUGCCCAUACAUAAAAAGAGUGCACCAGGAGACUGGAGCAAAACCCACAUCCUACCUAGGAUGGCUAGAUGAAAAAGGCUCCUGCAGUUUCAAUAGCUGUGUAGAACAGGGAAUUUCAUCAGGUAUGGAGUUGUUGUGCAACCUGCAGUGCCUGUGUCUUUAAGGUUAUAGAAAAAUGAGCAGUUGCAUCUGCAUCGUAAAGGACAUGGACAAAUGGAUUUGCAGUAAGUGAUGCAGGUGAGAAUAAGCAGAAGUCUGGUGGCUGGGUCAGAUUAAGGUCAUUCAGGAAACAUUUUUCUAAAUUGGAGAAAUAAGUCUGCUGUCAUUUCAUUCACAGCAAAAAAGGAAUGAAAACAAACGAACCUGAUUUUGGCUCUCCCAAUAUUGUUGGAAGCACUAUUGUAGCUGAUAAUAUUGUUUGUAUUUUUUUUAAUGGCUUGAAGCAGUUAGAAGAUUAUAUAAAAAUGGCCUUCCGUAGACAGGUCAAAGAUCCAUCUAGUUUCGUGUUUUAAACAGUGGCCAGCCUUAGGAAACUCUCAGUCAGUUAACUACUUUCCUUGUUGGUCUUUUUAUGCCAUAUCUGGUAUUCAGAUAUAUACUGCCUCUGAAUGUGGCAGUUUCAUAUAGCUAUUGCAGGGGGUUGGACUAGAUGGCCCCCUGUAUCCCUUCCAAUUCUACAAUUCUUUGAUUCCAUACGAUGAUAGCUAUUGGUUAAUCUAUUCUUACUGAAUUUGUGAAGUCCAUUUUGAAAGUCCUCUUAAGUGCUAUCAUGAAUUAAGCUUGCACUGUGAUACUAAUUGCUAACUUGGACUGCUAGAGUUGGCCUUAAUUUCAGUGUAAUUCAAAGUGAUUUUAAUAAAAAACUGACCAUGCUAAUGUGCUACCCUCUCUUUUUAUAUACAUUUAUAUGCUUUCCUUCAAUGGAGUUAAGGGCAGUAUACAUUAAAAUCCAUAUUUAAAUAUUUAAGUGCCUGUGUUUUGAAACCUGGACUUGCACAGUGAACCCCAGACUAAUAAGUUUGGUUUCAGAUUUUGACAUCCUUUAGUUGUGAAAAACCUCAGCAAACUCAGCUCUAAUACGUCCCAUAGGAAGCUUUGUACUUGUGACUCUCAACAGAAAUCUCUCAAGGGCUUUAUCCUUCCAAAGCUUGAAUCGCAGCAGAACCUUCACGCUUCAUCUGGGAGUUACUUGUAACAAAGCAAUUUGCUUAGACUUAUUAAUGAGUAGGAUGUGAAACUGGGCAUAUUGGGAAAUAGAUGCAAAACUAGCAUGCUAGCUCUGACUUAGUUUGGAGAGAGUAUUUAAGAAAAUCAGGCCUAUCUUGGCCAACAUCCUGUUCUUAAAGUAGCCGACUUUGUAACUGCAGUUGGGGCAUGACACUUGAAUUCCAGCAAAAAAAAUUAUCAGUUUGCAAAUAGGCAAGAGGCCAAAACUGACUUCUUUCCCCAACAUCUGCUAAACUAGAUUCCAAACAGGGAAUUUCUGAUGUGGUUCUUCCUUGUUAGACAUCAAUCUUAUUAAAUGAGGGUUUCGUUUUGACACAUGGUUCCUGAAAUCAUGCAGCAUGUGACUUUUUGAACAAAAGAAAAUCUGUCUUUUAGGAUUUCGAAUUGGUCAGAACUGUGAUGAGUUCUUAGGAAGCUGGAUCCAUCUAGCUAAGUAUUUAAUAAUAAUAAUAAUUUUUAUUUAUACCCCGCCCUCCCCAGCCAAGGCCGGGCUCAGGGCAGCUAACAAGUAAUAACAAAAACAAGUUGAAUGAAUACAACUUAAAAACCAGAUUAAAAUACAACAUUAAAAUAUUAAAAUGCAGCCUCAUCACAGGAGGAGAAAUGAAAAAGAAAGAGGGGGAGGGAAUCAAAUUGGCUCCAAGCCAAAGGCCAGGCGGAACAACCCUGUCUUACAGGCCCUGCGGAAAGAAAUCCGAUCCUGCAGGGCCCUGGUCUCAUGAGGCAGAGCGUUCCACCAGGCCGGAGCCAGUGUUGAGAAGGCCCUGGCUCUGGUUGAGGCUAAACUAACUUCCUUAGGGCCUGUGACCACUAGGGUGUUGCUAUUUAUGGACCUUGAGGCUCUCCAUGGGGCAUACCGGGAGAGGCGGUCCUGUAGGUACAAGGGUCUUAGGCCGUGAAGGGCUUUAAAGGUCAAAAGCAGCACCUUAAAUCUGACCCUGUACUGGAAAAGCACUGGGCGAAUAUGGAAGUGGAAGCAGCUUUGCAGACUCUCAGGCAGAGGACACGCUCAGUCCUACCAGGAAAUGCUCUGCCACUCUUUUAAGUGUUGGAGGAAGGAAUUGUCCCAUAGAGGUUGACUGGUGUUUUGUCAGGGGCUAUCUGCGUGACAACAGAACUGCUAAUACCUGGCAUGCUGAUAACAGGUAUCUGAAACAGGUCUGGCACAUUGUCUCUCAAACAAAAAGUCUUGUGGCACUUUAAAGACUUAACACAUUUAUUACUGCAUAAGCUUCCCUGGAUUGUGGUCCACUUCAUCAGAUGCAUGAAGUGGGUAAAGAGCAGUUUUUGGGUUGGGAAUGAAAUGCAGCAAAGGACACACAGUGAUAAUUAUGUCCUUAAUGGUGGUAAUUCACAAAAACAGCUGCUGGGUACACAGGCAUGCUGGCACAGCCCGUUAACAUAAAUAAUGUCCUAAAAAUCAUGUUCAGUCCAUAAAUAAUGGCAGUUCAAAUGAUUGAACUUCUUGAAGCAAUCUCCCUACAAAGUUCCUUUAUCAUCACCAUCGUAAACUUUUAUUGCACGAGCCAAAGGCCAUGGCGUCAUCCGAUUCCUUUAUCUUGAGUAGUUCUUCCCAUUCAGAUGGUUUGAUGUAUUGCAGUUCAGUAGUUUCAUGUUACAGUCCCCCUCUGUUGAAGUUCCUUGGAGUAGUUCAUCCCAUUUUGAUAUGCUUUGGGUUAAGUGCAGACAAGUGGAUUUUCAUAUAGGAAUUUCGGAACACGAUGGCUGUCAAACUUUGUUAUCUUUAGAGAACCAUUUCCACAUUGGCAUGUCUGCUGAGGGACCUUUGAGCAUCUGUUGUAUGUUGCAAAGGAUUCUGGAUCAUGUUCUGGAGAAGAGCAUGCUGUUUGUGUUGGGUAUUCAUGUUAGUAAAGGUAAAGGGACCCCUGACCAUUAGGUCCAGUUGUGGCCGACUCUGGGGUUGCGGCGCUCAUCUCGCUUUAUUGGCCGAGGGAGCCGGCGUACAGCUUCCGGGUCAUGUGGCUACCAUUAUCUACCAAGAAUGCUGUUUGAAAACUGCUUCCCAAACAAAUAUACACAGUAGUUGUAUAGGUAACCCUUGCUCCACAAUGUUAUGGUAUAUAUGGGCUUUACUCUGAGACCAAGUUGUGAAAGGUAUCUAGACAGUAUAAGUCUGAGCAGAAACAGAGAUUGCUUUGCUUAUCCACAAAAUGGGUGUUGUCUCAUGUUUGUCAGAUAUAAUUUUAUCUGUUGGCUGAAUCAGUGUGCACUUUAGUCAGAAUUGCAUAUAUGGGGAGAGCUUCCUAUUUGCAAUAAUCUCACCAUCUGGAAUGAUAAAUUAGCAGAAUUGGUUAACAAAAAAUGUGCAGGGACUUCUGUGGUUAACUGCGAAACUUAAAUUUGUUCAGCUUAAGUGUUUCUAAAGGACACGGGUGGCGCUGUGGGUUAAACCACAGAGCCUAGGACUUGCUGAUCUGAAGGUCAGCGGUUCGAAUCCCCGUGACGGGGUGAGCUCCCGUUGCUCGGUCCCUGCUCCUGCCAACCUAGCAGUUUGAAAGCACGUCAAUGUGCAAAUAGAUAAAUAGGUACCACUCUGGUGGGAAGGUAAACGGCAUUUCCGUGUGCUGCUCUGGUUCGCCAGAAGCGGCUUAGUCAUGCUGGCCACAUGACCCGGAAGCUGUACGCCGGCUCCCUCGGCCAAUAAAGCGAGAUGAGCGCCGCAACCCCAGAGUCUGCCACAACUGGCCCUAAUGGUCAGGGGUCCCUUUACCUUUUUACCUUGUUUUCUAGACUACGAAUGGUGAGUAAGCCUGUGGACCUUCAGAUGUUGCUGGACUACAUCUCCCAUCAUCCCUAGCUAGCAGGACCCAGUGGUCAGGGAUGAUGGGAAUUGUAGUCCCUAAACAGGUGGAUACCCAAGUUUGGGAAACACUGAUCUGGCGGCUCACAGACUUCUCACCCCUGGUUUAGACUACUACCUUCUUAUUGCAGUGUUUUCUGUUAUAAGUUGGCAACGUUGAAACUUGGUCACUGAGAAAAUUUGUGGGUGGGUGUGCGUGCAUAAACUGAAUGGAAACCUAGAGACGGUUUAUUCCAAACCCAUAGCUCAGCCUUCCUGACUUUGUGCCCUCCAGAUAUCCUGGAUGACAGCAACCAGCCCCAAAUAGCAUGGUCAGUGGUCAGGGAUUAUGGGAGUUAUGGUUCCAGCAGGGUCUGGAGGGCACCGUCUUAGGAAAAGCUGACUAGUGCAUGGCAAAAUAAGGGAUAGUUGCUCCUGCGCCAUAGAUUCUAGUCUUCCAACCCAAGAUUUACACUCAUUUGAGGUCCAGAAUAUUUGAAACUGGUCAAAUGUUAAACUUUGCACUAAGCAUCACCUAGCUAAUUUAUUACUCAAUUAGGCAUAGGAAGUUGUAGCAUGCAUAGCAGGAAAUACAUUACAGUGGUACCUCAGGUUAAGUACUUAAUUCGUUCCGGAGGUCCGUUCUUAACCUGAAACUGUUCUUAACCUGAAGCACCACUUUAGCUAAUGGGGCCUGCUUCUGCCGCGCCGCCGGAGCACGAUUUCUGUUCUCAUCCUGAAGCAAAGUUCUUAACCCGAGGUACUAUUUCUGGGUUAGCGGAGUCUGUAACCUGAAGCGUAUGUAACCUGAAGCGUCUGUAACCCAAGGUACCACUGUACUUUCCAGUCUGUCUUUACGUUUGUGGUGGUUCUUUUAACCUUUUUUGUCACUCAUUCUUGGAUUUGGGCCAUUUCUUCAAACUGUUACAAGAAGUUCAAAUUCGUGAAAUGUCUCAAUACUGGUUUGGCCGCUGACCGAACUUGCUAAUGCUAGUUCCGGUCGCACGUCUGCUGCGGCUUCCUUUCCAGCAAUGAAUCCAAUAGAGUCUGUCACUGCUGCUUAAUCAACGUGCCACUUCCUGUUUCUACACUUCCAAGGAAAGUUUCCAGUACUUGUGGGUGGGGCAAAUUUGCUGCAUAAAGAAGCUUUAUUAGAGACAGUGUACAAGUUGCACUUCAUUCAGCUGCCCGAACCAAUCUGUGCCCUUGUUGGGAUACCAGCAUUUCAGAUUGCAAUGUGGUUUCCGUCCAGCAACUUCUGGGUUCCUGGGUGAGCAUGGUGAUGAAUGUGUCCCUGCGUUUGCUUUUUGAGAAUGCUUUCAAGUGAGACUUGGUGUUUCUCAAACAUGGGUCUCCAGCUGGUUUUGGACUACCAUUCCCAUCACCCCUGACCACUGGUCCUGCUAGCUAGGGAUGAUGGGAGUUGUAGUCCAAACACAGCUGGAGACCCAAGUUUGGGAAACACCAUUUAGAGGAAGAGUUGUUCCUCCAUUAGACUGCUUAAAAUAAAUAUAAACUAUUAUAUAUUUCUGGGGUUGUCUGGUGCAGAGAAGGACGAGGGCUGAUAAAUGUGUUCAUGUGAAGUAGAAGACUGUUAGGAUGGAGCAGGAAUCUGAACUAUGGAUCUUCUCUGUUGAAAUUUUGCAUUGGAAUCACUGCAUCUGAAAAUGCAUAUUUCUACAUGAUGGGAGGAGCAUCGUUGUUAAAUUAGUACACUUGUCAUCAACAUGGUUUGGUUGAAAUUUUAAAAAGAAUAUUCAAAUUGAUUACAGUGGUACCUCUGUUUUCGAACAUAAUCUGUUUCGGAAGACCGUUCGAGUUCUGAAACGUUCAAAAACCGAGGCACAAAGGGCGGUGUGCAAAUUUAAUUGAGAAAAUUGAGGAACACUCAGUGGAAACUGUUCGACUUCCGAGGUGCAUUCGGAAAUGGAAGCAUUUACUUCCAGGUUUUCGGUGUUUGAAAACCGGUUCGGAAACCGAGGUACCACUGUAAUUUAAACAAAGUUCUAAAUUGUCACAGGGGGUGAUGUAGGAAAUGUGUUUUGAAACCAGUUUUCUCUGUUUGAUAAUUUGCAUUCUUCUGAACAUAUAUCCGAGCCAGCUGAUUGCAAAAGCAGUCAAAAUGUGUUGGUUUGCAGGUAUUCAGAUUGGAAUGCUUUUCAUUAUGCAACCCAUAUACCUCUUCUGUUGCAUAAUUUUAAAUCUGCAUGAGGCAGUUGUGGAAUUUCUGUUUCUCUGUACCAAGGAUGUUGGCCAAGAUCACUUACUUGGUGACUAAGGCUACUAUCCUAUGCGCACGUACCUUGGAGCAAACUGAUUGAAAUUUGUAGGACUUUCUUCUGAAUAAGCAUGCUUUGGAUUGCUCUACAUGUGAGGGCUGUGGAUUCAGGCAUUUUAAAACUCUAUUUAAGGUUUUUGAACUUUUUAGGCUAAAUCUCCCAUCAAAACGAAAUACACAACCCUGAAGCAAUGCCAUCGAGCUAAAGAUAUAAAUUGUGAAUGUGGCAAACACGUUUUGCAAAGAUGUGUGUAUCAUGGAGAACUGGGAUUGGUUCUGGAAUGCUGUUGAAAACUAGAAGCUAGGGUCAACCAAUGAAGCUGCAUUUUGGGAGAUUAAAGACACCUAAGAGGAAGUAUCACUUUAAACAGCUCAUAGUUAAACGAUGGAGUACAGUACCAUAUAAUGUAUUGAUGUGGGAGAGUGUCAUUGUGGUCACAUCCCGUUCGUGGCUAUCCCAUAAGCACUUGGUUGGCCACUGUGGGAGCAGAAUGCUGCAUUAUCCCAUAAUAUUUGCUUCAACGUCUUUAGGGCACCUUCAUAACCCAGGUAAUACAGUUGGGGGGGUGACAAACCAAUAGAGGUGGCUUUUUUAGCAAAUGGCAGAAAACCUUAUGGGAUAUGGGAUAAUGCACACAGUGACUUGCGAUCUCGAUCACACGCAGUCUGUAGUCCGCUGGCAAUAGGAGUACAAUAUGGGCAUGUCUUUAAGUUAACAUCUUACAUUAAAAACCUGACAGUACCAAAUUAUCGAAGGCUUUUCACCAAAGCCAGACUAAACAUCUUUCCUUCUGCAGUGUUGGAUGGCAGGUUGAGAGGAGUUCUCUACUAGGACAGACUUUGCUCGUGUGCUCAAGACAUCGAUUCCAUAAAACAUAUUUUUUUGCACUGUGCAAAAUAUGAGCAAGCCAGGGCUGAACUAAUAUUACCCUUGCUGGUACCUUUCCCGGGAAAAUCUAGAGGCUCACUAUGUCAGGUUCCUAUUGGAAGACCGGACAAACGCUAGAACAUUAGCAGUGGCAAAGUUUUUAUCGGUGGUUGCAAUAACCAAUGAUCCCUAUCUUUAAUUCCGAACAAAAUGCUUGUUUAACCUGGAGGUAGGCUGUAUGAAUUGUGUAUUGCUUUGUAAGGAUGGGUUGGGUCUCUGGACCCUAAUAAAGGUUGAUGAUGAUGCUGGACUAAAUAAGCCUAGUCAGAUCCAAUAGGAGAGUCCUUGCAUAUAAAACCUGGGUUUUGUAGCUGCUUGAGAUGUGAAAUGGCCCUCUGAUUAUUGACCAGUCUUUGUUUUCUUCCUCCUUCUUCUUCAGAAUAUUGGACUCCUUUCCUCACAAGCCCACAAUGGCAGUGGAUGUAGCCAUGCAGGUCUACCUGCGCACGCCCUACUUGCGAAGGGAGAGUUUUGCCUGCAAAAUUGCUCCGAAGCCGAAGACGCCUUUGCGGCCUUGCAUCCAUUUGAACAGCCACACCCAGCUAAACGAACUGGGGGAGGAAGUCAAAGCGCUGCAGAGCAACCGGGUGAAGAAGAGGGUUUCCUUUGCGGACAGCAGGGGCUUGUCUCUCACGGUCGUUAAAGUGUUCUCCCAGUUUGACGAGCCGUUGGAGAUCCCAUUUAAUAUCACGGAACUAAUAGACAACAUUGUGGGCCUGACGACCGUGGACAGAGACGACUUUGUCUUGGAUUUCGUACAGCCUUCUGCAGAUUAUUUGGACUUCCGGAAUCGCCUCCAAGCCGACUACGUCUGCCUUGAAAACUGCAUGCUGAAAGAUAAAGCCAUCAUCGGCACCGUGAAAGUCAGGAAUCUUGCAUUUGAGAAGGCUGUGAAGAUCCGGGUGACAUUUGACACCUGGAAAACCUUCACAGACUACCCAUGCCAGUAUGUUAAGGACACGUACGCAGGUUCAGAUAAGGACACGUUCUCCUUCGAGGUCAGCUUGCCCGAGAGAGUUCAGCCCCAUGAAAGAAUAGAGUUUGCUGUGUGUUAUGAGUGUGAUGGCAAGGUAUACUGGGACAGCAACAAAGGCCUCAACUACAGGAUCAUCCGGUCUGAACUCAAAUCUGCCCGGGAGAUUUCUCAGCCGCAGGGCGGACCUGGCUUUGGGAUUGCCUUUGACCAGUUUGGAAGCCCCCGGUGUUCCUACGGCCUGUUUCCUGAAUGGCCCAGCUACUCAGGGUAUGAGAAACGCGGGCCUUAUUACUGAAUGAAGGAUCUGGGCUCUGUAUUUGCAAACAUCCUGCUCAGCAAACGUCUGGGAGUUUGCUGCAAGGGCACAGUUGAGAAAGGAGGCUUGCAUGAGUUGGCAGAAACUGAAACUAAAGGACUUGUGAAACUCCUGACUGCAGAUGGUUUUUAAAAACAGGUGCUCUUUGCAUCAUCCUGGAUGUAAUGAAUUUAAACAGCUAGAAAAGGGGAGAUCUCUUUGCUGUCUUAAGAACUAACGCUGCCAAGUCUCCCAAGUCCAGUUCAGCUUUCACUGCUUCAGUCCAAGCAGUUCUGCUGACAUGUUUUGAGGUUCACCACAGUAUUGCAAGCCGUACAGAGAAAUGUUUGCCUAUGCUUCACCUGUUGAGCUAUGGAACCCUGCUGGGGUACACAUCUCCAAAAAGCUAUUCCAUGUUUGACAAAGAACUAUGGAGACAAUAUCCAGCCUUGUGAGGGAGCUAUGCUAGCAUCUUCCCUUAUCUACUUUGUCCGAUCUGGAAGAGACCAAGGCCUUCAAAUAGAAGUGGCUGUAAUUUUAGCUUGUAUUAUGACUCUGCUCCCUUCCAUUUUAGGAAAUGCCUUCAUUUGUGGGAAGAUACCAGGGUGCUUACUCACUGUUCUGCCUUUUUUUUGACGAGAACAGUAUGUUUUAAGUUCUUCUCAACAAUGGCUGAGGCUGGAGAGUCUUUGGGAGGUCAUUCAUGUUAUAAUCUCGUAGCCCCUGAGCAAAACGUGUGUGUUAGCAUAGGUUGAGGGGCUGCGAUCUUAUUAAUGUGCCUUGAACAACUACUUUGGGUUGGCUGCAAAGAGUAAAAAUAUCUAUUUUUUUAUGAACACAUAACUUUUCAUAUGACCGUUUUAUUUAAAUGUAUUUCUUUUGAGCUCGGUAUAGUCUGGUUAAAUAACUGUUUUGUUUUACUACUUCCCCAUCCCCAUUAAUUUUAUAAAAUUGAGUGUUACUGACAAAAUCAAAUAAAGGUUAUCGACUCGUAUGAGGAAUAUUCGUUAUGUUCAGUGCAACAUCCCUGCCCCACUGCUCACUCACAGGAGAGACUGUACAUCAGUGAUACAGCAUGUGUUCUCUGCGUGCAGAAAAUCCCAGGUUUAAACCCUGGGUAGGACAUGGAGAGACUAUGAUUGAAACCCUGGAGGGCCACUUUUGGGCAGUGUUGACCAUACAGAGCUAGGCAGCUAAUGGCCUGACCUAGUAGGAGGCAGUUUUGCAUGUUCCUGUAGGCUAGGAAAGGAGAGUGGAGGAAGGGCAGGAGGAAGCAAGGGCCGUGGAGCCUUCUCUAUAAGCAAGAAAGAAAGAUUGGGUUGUUAAUUUCCACACUAGCUUCACAGUACAUAGCUGCAGCAGACAGCCAUGUUUCAUGGUCCAUUGGGGACUGUUAGAUCCAAGCCCCUACGUUGUGACUUGAACACUAAAGAAAGCCAUUUAGCUUCCCUCCACCCUUUGUACUGUGCAAGCCCAGCUCACAAGAGCUUUUGACUGCUGCAAGUGAAUUCGCAACCCAAACACAUGAGACAAACGAAUCUGUGGAGUAUUGCGGCUCAGUCGUGAAGCAAACAUGAGUUAAGCCAUCUCUGCCGAAGUAUGAGGUUACAGUAAGACAGACUGAAAGUUAAUUUUGUUACGUGAGCUAUAGCUCCAUAAUCUGCUGAUGAAAUAUUGCAAGACUCUUGGGUGAGAUUUCUAAGCGCCCAACUACCUAACCCUACUGGUUCCUCUUGCAUUCUGUUACAUGAAACUGCUCAGAUCAUCUUGAAUUGUAAAGUACAUUCAUCCAUACAAUGCUGUGUGCUUUAGGUUGGCACACAAUAGAAGAACUUUGUCUUGGAAUGUCCGCUUGCUGUUAAAUAUGGAAAAGGAUCCUAAUGAAUGUGCCACUAAUGGCCAGAACCUGAAUUCCUACUUGGAACUGUGCUUAUAAGCAUCUGCAUGUUGGAAAUGUCAGCAUUAAGUACCCAGGCGGUCUCAGAUGCUAGCGCUUUUAAAACCAAAAAUCUGCUCCCCCAUAAAGAGUAGAAAAUAAUCUGCCAGGGUAACUUGGUCUGAAUCUGGCUUCCUAAGAGUUGAUGCUUAUCUAGCCACCAACCCACCUCCUCCUUUACUAACCUAGAAUGGAAGGAGCUACUUCCGUAGCACUGGGAUGUUCUGGGGAGAAGUGAGAGUGGCUGAAUCUGCUCCAAUGUCUUCAUUUAUUCUCUUCGGUUACAGAAAAAGCGAUCCAGCUCACUGCUAUGGUUGCGAUAGCUUUAACGGAGUGAUAGAAGGAAAGGAUUUAUUUCCCAGCGAUUAAAACCGUAAUGAAUGAGUGAAAUACAGUUAAAAUACAACCUUAGGAUUGCAACUGGUAAGAUUACAAGAGCCUGUAAUAAAUGGUUUCAUCUUUUACGGAACAGUUUCUACCAGAUACUUAAAUUCCUCAUGGGAAAAUAAUGCUGUUUUUGCACUUUACUUCUGAGUAGAUGUCAUCCAUGGAAAAACCAGCAAAAUCACAAACAGGUUUUUUUUUCCAGAACUGUCCCUAGAUGUUCAGUUUUGAAUUAAGUGGAAAAGUUGAGUUGUGAAGAUCCGCCAGUCUUUGAUUGAUUGAAGGCUACUUUACCCAGGGGUCUGAGUCGCACACUGUCCCAGUAUUUGGAUUUUAUAUGAGGCUGGGGUAUAAGAGUGAGGCUUAAUCUUACAGGUCUCUAGUCAUGGGCUAAACUUACAGAUUGAAGACCUGCUUGUUUGAUCCACUACAUGUAAAACCUACAUACUGGGACCAUGUGUAGGAACUGGACCAAGGACUGAAGUAAAUGGGGAAGAAGUAUUGGAACUGAGGAGCUCCAGCAAGAUCACUACAUAAAUCCAUCAGACUGUUGGAAAAGUUAGGAUCCAAUUUCUUCCAUAAAGCUGAACUCCCAAGGGCUUAAAUUACUUCCUUUGGAGCUACUUCAGGACAGUACAUUCUUGUAAAUAAUAUAUGUGUGUAGCUAGAUGGGUGGGGACUUUACUGACUCUGCUAAAGGUGUCUGUAAGUAACUUGCCAGGCAAGCAACUGGAGACAAGACUGUGAAAUGGAAACUAGGAAUGGUUCUCCCAAACAACCCCUUUCAUUUCAACUCUUCCCCCGCCAUUUUGUUUUUAAAGUCAUCUUCCUGGCUUCCUGGUUCCAAUUGCCAAUAUGAAUGUAACUGAGGAAUUGUCAUCCUCGGUUUUAGCUUCUGUGCCUUGCAUGUUUUUAAAUAUUUUGUACACAACUGAAAAAAUGCACUUUACAAUCACAAUGGAUUUGUUUUCUGUAGUACUGUCUGUAAUAUCACCAUGCUUUUGUUUUUAUCUUGAAUAAAAGAAAAUGUUACAAGGAGA